AAAGUGUAUGCAGUAGGGGGCCAUGAUGGUAGUGAACACCUGGGCAACAUGGAGAUGUUUGAUCCUCUCACUAACAAAUGGAUGAUGAAGGCUUCCAUGAACACAAAGAGGUAUGUCAUGUCUGAAAUAUGAGUUACAGAGAUAUUGUCCUCCCGAGUGGCGCAGUGGUCUAAGGCACUGCAUCGCAGUGCUAGCUGUACCACUAGAGAGCCUGGUUCGAAUCCAGGCUCUGUCGUAGCCGGCCGCGAUCGGGAGACACAUGGGGCGGCGCCCAGCGUCGUCCAGGGUAGGGGAGGGAAUGGCCGGCAGGGAUGUAGCUCAGUUGGUAGAGCAUGGCGUUUGCAACGCCAGGGUUGUGGGUUCGAUUCCCACGGGGGGCCAGUAUGAAAAAUAAAAUAAAAAUAUGUAUGCACUCACUAACUGUAAGUCGCUCUGGAUAAGAGCGUCUGCUAAAUGACUAAAAUGUAAAUGUAAAAUAUUGUUUUAGAAAUGUAUAUAUAUAUUUUUAUAUAUAUAUAUAUUUUUUUUACAGCCGAUCAUAGUGAUCCCUAAUUAUACUCAUACUCACUCUGAUAUACUGCCCAACUGUCAAUGCUGUCUUGUAUGUGUGUAGGAGGGGCAUAGCUCUGGCAGCUCUGGGAGGUCCUGUCUACGCCAUCGGGGGUCUAGAUGAUAACUCAUGCUUCAACGACGUGGAGAGAUACGACAUCGAGAGCGACCGCUGGACUGCUGUGGCGCCCAUGAACACACCCAGGGGAGGGGUGGGCUCUGUGGCCUUAGGGGUGAGAACAGCAUAGAUACAUGGCUGCACUGAACAUGCAGUAUUAUAUAGUGCCUUCAGAAAGUAUUCACACCCCUUGACUUUUUCCACAUUUUGUUGUUUUACAGCCUGAAUUUGAGAUUUUGUGUCACUGGCCUACACACAAUACCCCCAUAAUGUCAAAGGGGAAUUGUGUUUUUAGACAUUUUUACAAAUUUAAUUAAAAGUUGAAAUGUCUUGAGUCAAUAAGUAUUCAACCCCUUUGUUAUGGCAAGCCUAAAUAAGUUCAGGAGUAAACAUUUGCUUAACAAGUCUCAUAAUAAGUUGCAUGGACUCACUCUGUGUGCAAUAAUAGUGUUUAACAUUCAUUUUGAAUGUCUUCCCCACACAUACAAUUACCUUUUUAAGGUCGCUCAGUUGAGCUGUGAAUUUCAAACACAGAUUACACCGCAAAGACCAGGUAGGUUUUCCAAUGCCUCGCAAAGAAGAGCACCUAUUGGUAGAUGGGUAAAAAAAAAAAAAGCAGACAUUGAAUAUCCCUUUGAGCAUGGUGCCAAUGGUGACUUUAAAACAGUUCGAGUUUUAUGGCUGUGAAAGGAGAAAACUGAGGAUGGAUCAACAACAUUGUAGUUACUCCACAAUACUAACCUAAAUGACAGAGUGAAAAGAAGGAAUCCUGUACAGAAUACAAAUAUUCCAAAACAUGCAUCCUGUUAGCAAAAAGGCACUAAAGUAAAACUGCAAAAAAUGUGGCAAAGAAAUUAACUUUAUGUCCUGAAUACAAAGCCUUAUGUUUGGGGCAAAUCCAGCACAACACAUCACUGAGUACCACUCUUCAUAUUUUCAAGCAUGGUGGUGGCUGCAUCAUGUUAUGGGUAUGCUUGUCAUCGGCAAGGAAUAGGGAGUUUUUUAGGAUAAAAAAAAAAACAGAAUAGAACAAAGCACAGGCAAAAUCCUAUUUGAAAACCUGGUUCAGUCUGCUUUCCAACAGACACUGGGAGACAAAAUUAACCUAAAACACAGGGACAAAUCUACACUGGAGUUGCUUACCAAAAUGGAGUUGCUUAACAAGACGACAUUGAAUGUUCCUGAGUGGCUUAGUUACAGUUUUGACUUAAAUCGGCUUGAAAGUCUAUGGCUAGACUUGAAAAUGGAUGUCUAGCAAUGAUCAACAACCAAAUUGACAGAGCUUGAAGAGUAAAACAAUUGUACAAAAAUGGUACAAUCCAGGUGUGCAAAGCUCUUAAGAGAUUUACCCAGAAAGACACUGUACUCUCUAAUCGCUGCCAAAGGUAAUUCUAACAUGUAUUGACUCAGGGGUGUGAAAACGUAUGUAAAUUUAAAUAUUUCUGUAACAUCUUUUCACUUUGUCAUUAUGGGGUAUUGUGUGUAGAUGACUGAGAUUUAAAAAAAUAUAUAUAUUUAAUCCAUUUUGAAUUCAGGCUGUAACACAACAAAAUGUAGAAUAAGUCACAGGGUAUGGAUUAUUUCUGAAGACGCUGUAGAAACCAGGGUCGUGUCCAUUAGGGAACAAUAAAGAAAACCCUUGUGCAACGGAAAACAGGCAUUUCUUAUUGGAUAAGUUCAGAUAGUACCUCCCCUGUUUCACUCAAUUUCGGCCUGUUUUAUUCUGUUUUGUGCCUAGUGAACACGACCCAGGUGUUUAAAAAAAAAAAAAAUAUCACAUUUAAACACUCAACAGGUGACAUUACGCUCCUCGCGUACAAUUAUUUUAUAACCAUUUUAUACCAUUUUGAGGAAAGAGAUGUUAUUCCCUGUGCUGUUUGUGUGAUUGGAAGUCCGACCAUGUCCGUGGGCAAUAAUAAUCAUAUCUUUUAUGUUUGUAAACCCUUUCCUGUCAGUAACAGCAACACACCUCAAGUGUUGUACUUCUCUUGAAUUGCUGAGCCUCUUUUAUGUCGGCUUUAAAAUAUUGUGAAGUUCCGACACCCAAAAUGAGCACCUAAUUCAGUCCACUUCAAGCACUGAGAAUCACUUGUUAACCUUUUGUCCUCUCCUGUCCCAAUCAGAAUCAUGUGUACGCUGUCGGGGGUAACGACGGAGUGGCCUCUCUGUCCAGCGUGGAGAGGUUUGACCCCCACCUCAACAAGUGGACGGAGGUCAGGGAGAUGGGCCAGAGACGAGCAGGGAACGGAGUCAGUGAGCUCAACGGGUGCCUCUAUGUUGUGGGUAAGAGCACAGCACAGCACCACUGCAGUGACAUGUUAAUCAUUCAGAAGAUGUGUGAGACUUACAGUAAGUGAAUUCAACUUAAACUAGGUGAGACAACCAACAUAUCACAAUCCUUGUAAGUAAAACCAUCACAUUUAUAUUUCAUAUCAGUGUUUUACCACCCAUCCUACUGGCUGCUCUUUAACAUGGGUCACAUGCUCCACUCACACACACAAGGGGUUGGCUUGUAAACAUGAAACAGAAAAGAGAAAAGUUCAAUGUUUUGUCAAGUUGGUUACUGAUUAAAAGUAAUCCAUAAGGGUGGGGUGAUGUUAUUGGCUGAAUGUGAAGAGUCCUCUAAAGCUGUUUCAGAGCUCUGGCCUGACUUUUAGCUGACCCUAGUUUAAAUGAGUCAGCAUUGGUGUGGUUGUGUAGGAGGUGAAGCUACUCAUAGGCAUUGACCUCGGUGGACAGAGGAGUAGAUCUUUGUUGAUAAGUCCGCCUGCUGCUUCACUGACCGGGUUAUGCUAUUCGUAUCACGUCUUGCACUGCUUGAGCUGUUAUGUAUGCACACAACACAACUUACUUUAUUUGGGACACGGCGUGUACAACAAGCCUUCCGCUCUGAAAUUGCUCAUUCAUAGUUUGUUAGUCAGGGCUCCGCCGAGGUCUCGCUGAUCUCCCCUUCUGUCUUCCGUCACGUCAGGUGGUUUUGAUGACAACUCCCCUCUGAGUUCCGUGGAGCGUUUCGACCCCCGUCUUAGCCGCUGGAACUACGUCUCUGAGCUGACCACGCCCCGGGGCGGAGUGGGCGUGGCCACGGUCAUGGGUCGCGUGUUCGCGGUCGGAGGUCACAACGGGAAUAUCUAUCUUAACACUGUGGAGGCCUUCGACCCCCGCAUGAACAGGUGAGACGGGGAGAGAGAGCAGGGUUACUGUUCAGGUCAGAGGAAGAGGUUGUACCAGGCAAGUUUUAAACAAGCACACCAAGUAUUUCACCCAGGUCUGGUAUGGUCAAUGCUCUAGCACAGAUGAGCAACUGUUUUCUACUUAAAUAGGGUCUUUUUUAGUUUUAAGGUCUGGUGAGUUAACUGAAACUUUAUCAAAAUACAUAACCACCUGGUCUGACUGUAUGUCUUGUGUUGUUCCUCAGAUGGGAGCUGGUGGGGUCUGUCUCUCACUGCCGGGCCGGCGCAGGGGUGGCUGUCUGUUCCUCUCACAUCAGCCAGAUCAGGGACGUGGGCCAGGGCUCCAGCAACGUGGUCGACUGCAUGUGA